CACCAAUGGCUGAGCUUGCCCAAGCAUUUGCUCACUGCGCUAACUUGAAUUGGCCUUAGCCUUACUUUGAACACUCGGCUUGGAAAAUCGCAACAGGGCCAAGUUUAUCAUUACGGGUCUCUGGGCUGGGGAAGCAAGUUCGAUUUCGAUGGGUGUUUUGUCCGCCGGGACCUCGACGAUUACCAUCCGCGGCCAAUUGAAAUCAUGGAGGCCCGCCAAGCGAUACAAAGCCUAUGCCGCGCCGGCGCGCGGCCGUCGUUCCUUCUCGCAGCCUGCCACCACCACCAGCCCGCAACGGCGAUAGCCUCCGUCGUCCAGCAGCAUCGCCACCUGAGCGCGACCAGCAGCCGGGGCAAGCCCCAAGACACAAAACCGCCCAUGUCCGCCAUGGACCGACUCCGAAUGUCACUGAAAGCGCGAAAGCUAGGCAACGUCCAGGCGCCCAUCAACGACAGCUUUGCCCGCUUAACACGGCCUCCACCUCCACCGCCGCCGGCCCUAGAGCGAUUUAAGGAAGCCGUCGUGCCCCCGGGCUUCGACGCCAAGGCGUACGUGCCUCCCGAGAACGACCCGCUGGCGAUGGUGGACGCGGUGAUGCGGGCCAAGGACGCGGGCAUGAUGGAGUUCAAGACCAGCGACUUUCUGAAGAAGUACAAUAUGGAGAAGGGUGACAUCAACGUGCGCCUCAAGCCGUCGACGGGCCGGUCGGUGCCCGUGAUGGGCCCGAUCGACGCGUCGCGCGCGCUCCGCCUGCUGAACCGCAUCUGUCUUCAGAACAGCGUGAGGAGGGACUCGGCCAAGCAGAAGUUCCAUGAGCGCCCUGGCCUCAAGCGGAAGAGGCUCAGGAGAGAGCGGAAGCGGACCCGCUUCAUUGAGGGCUUCAGGGCCGUCUGCACCCGCGUCGCGGAGCUGCGGAGGCAAGGGUGGUAGAAAAUGGGCUGGGAGAUGGGCGUUAUGUUUCGACCGCUACAAUUAGAGAGGCCGAAAAGGACGGCCCUGCUGUAUACUGUACCAAAACCAAAAAGACGCAUUACAAACAAGUCAUUUGUACUGCAUACCUGUAUCGGAAGAAUGCACAUAGACUAUUCAUUUGCUAUGGAUAGCAAAGACAUGUUCCUCCUGUCAUUGCAAAUUACAUUUC